AUGAAACCAUCUAAACUGCAAGAUCAUCUGAGAAGAUGCCACCCUGAUAAAACAGAGAAAGAUUUGAAAUACUUUCAAACACUCCAAGAUAAAUUUCAGAAGAGACCUACACUGGACAGAAUGUUCGCUUCGACGUCACAAAGAAAUGACGAUGGUUUGCGGGCGUCUUACAAUAUCUCGCUACUUAUAGCAAAAUCCAGAAAACCGCUCCUAUCGGAGACUAGUUAA